CUGGCCAGGCUAACACGUAGCAGACACGGAGCAUCGCUCGGUCUCCCCCCGCCUGUCAGACACCUUGAACCGUUUCCCUCACACCUCCGCGGCGCCGUGAACAUUUCUGUCGGUAGAUCCACUCGUGGGGAGUUGGGUGGGGAGUGUCUGACUGAAAGGGUUCAGACGGACUGGGGGCUCCGGCGGGGCGUGCGGUUGUCAGAGUACCGCAGCCUUGCGGUAUCAGGGCAGACCGCGGCGGGACAGGUCAGCAGCACAGGCGGUUAACGGCCGCGCUAACCCGGCGGUUAGCCUCUGGGUUAUUUUUGGCGUAGCUGCUGGGGCGCACAUGCUCCUCUUUAUCCCACCUCCAGAGCUGUCAGGGCGGACGGAUCAGGCCGAUUAUUGCUGCUGAGGGGGGGCUGCAGCUACCGGAGAGGCUUCCUCAACAAUUCAGGCGAAAACAGAACAAAGAACGGACCGGUAAAUGCGUCUCAGCCAUCUAACGAGGCCCGGCUGAAAACAUGGACCUGAAUUUUUACUCGGAUCUAACAGACGGAACCGGUCAGCACGACGGAGACCCGGAGUUUCUGGAUCCGCACGCCUUCAAUGGCUUUGACAGCAAGUUCCCUGGAGGCAGCGACAACUACCUGUCCAUCCCGGGGUCCGGCCAUCCCUUCCUCUCUCCCUCCGAGACGUUCCACACUCCCAGCCUCGGCGAUGAGGAGUUCGAGAUCCCGCCCAUCUCUCUGGACCCGGACUCGGCGCUCACCGUCUCUGACGUGGUGUCUCACUUCGGGGAGCUGUCGGACACCGGCGCCUCGGACAGCGUGGUCGUACCGGGAAACGCCGUGGUGGAAGGGGACGACCCAUCCUUCGCCUCCACCUACGUCAGCGCUCCCUCGCAAGGUCUGGAGCACCUGAAUCUGGGGGUGAUGAACCAAUCGGGAGGAAGCGCUCUGCUGGGUUCCUCGUUGGGGAUGGAUCUGGGCCAUCCCAUCGGGUCUCAGUUCAGCAGCUCGUCUCCAGUAACCAUUGACGUCCCGCUGGCUGACAUGGGCCAGGGCCUACUGGGGUCCAACCAGCUGACCACUAUCGACCAAUCAGAGCUCAGCGCUCAUCUGGGACUCGGUCUAGGAGGGGGCAGCAUUCUACAGCGACCCCAGUCGCCUGAAAACCCUCUAUCGGCCACGGCGUCGCCCACCAGCUCGCUGCAGGACGACGACAUGGACGACUUCAGGAGGAGCGUGCUCGUCGAGUCUCCAGUGUCUCUGGCUGUUUCGCCCGGCGUCAUCCCGCUCGAUCCCUCCACGUCUGAGUCUCCGGCCUCUGCGUCGACCUCCGCAGUCUCCUUGGGCGCCGGACGCAAAGGAGGAGCGGGGGGAGGAAAAAAGGGAAGGAAGAAGAAAGACCCCAACGAGCCCCAGAAGCCUGUGUCGGCGUAUGCUUUGUUUUUCAGGGACACGCAGGCCGCCAUCAAGGGCCAGAACCCCAACGCCACGUUUGGCGAGGUGUCUAAGAUCGUGGCGUCCAUGUGGGACAGUUUGGGGGAGGAGCAGAAACAGGUUUACAAAAGGAAAAACGAAGCAGCAAAGAAGGAGUACCUGAAAGCCCUGGCAGAGUACCGCGCCAACAAGAACGCUCAGGCUCCCAUCGAAGUCAUGGAGACCGACCCUUCGCCGCCGCCCGCAGCCCCUCCCCCUCCUCCUCCUGUCACGACCGCCCCGGCCGCCACUCCGACCCUUCGCCCCACCAGGUCCCAGCACUACAACCCGGAGGAGAACACCAUCACCAACAUAUGCACCUCCAACAUCAUCCUGGACCUGCCUCACGUGACCACGCGUUCCCGCACCGGCGCAAAGCCCCCAGCUCCCGCUCCUAGCCCCGCCCCCAACCCCCCCACCGUCACCAAGAUCAUCAUCAAGCAAACGCCGCUUCCAUCCGGCGGCGUUUCCGUCACCAGCACCACCACCUCCUCGCCACGCCAGCCGCCACCACUACAACAAAUGCAGAGCACCCCGCCGCCACCCAGACUACAGCAGGCCCCGCCCCCUCUGCAGGCCAAACCGCGGGCCGGCGGCGGCACCUCAGCGGCCACCGCUCCGCCUCCCCUCCAGAUCAAAGUGGUCCCCUCGUCGCGGCAGCAGGACUCGGCCAAGCCCAUCAUAGUCACGUCAGGCGGGGACGCCUCCAGCAAGGUCACGUCCUCGUCCGGCGUGACGCUGGAGGUGGGGCAGACGGACGCCGUGGUGAUGGCAGGAGAGGAAGUGGCGGAAUCAGAGGAAGGGAUGGAGGUGGAGGUGAACGUGACGCCCGGUCUGAGUGUGAGCGCCCCCAAGGCUCUGAACAUCUGCGUGCGCGCCGGCUGCAACAACCCGGCGGUGGAGAGCAAAGACUGGGACAAGGAGUACUGCAGCAACGAGUGUGUCGCCACGCACUGCAGAGACGUGUUCAUGGCGUGGUGCGCCAUCCGAGGGUCAAACUCCACCACCGUUACAUAGAGAAAGGACACAGGCCAUGGAACUAAUGCUACACAAACAGGACUAAUACUACAUGUAUGAUUGACUCAGGUGUUGGCUCGUAAUGGUUCGCUUCUUUUUUUGUUUUUCUUCAUCUCUGGGACAAGAACAAAGACCUCACAGGGGCAGGGAAAUGGCCGCCUCUGGUUUCCUGUUUGCAAGCACUGGAUUUGUAAGGACGCUCGCUCACACCGACGGACGGAUGGCUGAUGCUGCUCCAUGUAUUUCAUGUUGAUCAUGUAUUGUGAAUUGAAAAGAUGAUAAAAAAGGAACAUUUAUAUGAUGGUGUUUUUAAUUCUUUAAAAAAAACAAAACAAGGAAAAUGACAUGUAAGAGUAAACCUGCUGAUGCUUUUAUUGAUCCGUUUAAAGAGCAGUUUCACCCUUUACUGUUACAAGGUCGGAUGAUCAUUGUGAAGGAACUCCGGGUGAUUUGCUCGGCUGCCAUUUCUGGUCGCACAUGUCGGCGGUUCAGGAGCCGCAACAUUUGGAACCGACAACCACGCCAAGCACAAACGGGUUUAAAGAUAUCUUAGUUAGAGGAGUUCGGCGAUUAGAAGGAAUCAGCCAGAAGCUAAAUUCUGUUCGACAACCUUUAAACGGACAUUUCCACCAAACUUCACAGAAAUUGUCUGGUGAGAAACACUUAAACAGGUGCUAACAUGCUCUCUAUUCCCACCUUUUAGCUUCUGGAAUAUGUGAAUAUUUGGCGAUUUAAAAAAUUGUGAUGAUUUCUGAAUGGAAUAAGAAGUAUGAAAUAAAAGACACCAGCUCUGACAGCACCAUCUGCUGUGAAGGGAA